GCGGCGGCUGCCGGAGAGGCCGCGGCCGGCCCAGGAGCGGCGGCGCCCGGGGAUCGGAGCCCGGCGCGGCGGAGGAUGUGAGCGGACCGGGCCCGGGGCUGCCGCAGCCGGAGCCGGAGCCCCAGGAGACCUGCCCGAGAGCUCAUGCUGGCCCCAGAGGCUGAUUGCACUGCCGGAAGAGAGCACUGGGACUGGCUAGUCUGCCCUCCUGUAGGGCCCAGGCCGGAGCCCCUCGCCAGUGAUCCCUGCACCCAGCCCAGCUGGCCGGCUAAGCAAGAGGGUGGGUCCUCGCAGCCCCGGGAUGAAGCUGAAGAAGCAGGUGACAGUGUGCGGAGCUGCCAUCUUCUGUGUGGCCGUCUUCUCCCUCUACCUGAUGCUGGACCGAGUGCAGCACGACCCUGCCCGGCACCAGAGCGGGGGCAACUUCCCGCGGAGCCAGAUCUCGGUGCUGCAGAACCGCAUCGAGCAGCUGGAGCAGCUGCUGGAGGAGAACCACGAGAUCAUCAGCCACAUCAAGGAGUCGGUGCUGGAGCUGACGGCCCACGCGGAGGGGCAGCCGGUGCUGCUGCCCUACCACACACCCAACGGGUCCUGGGUGCUGCCACCCGAGAGCCGGCCCAGCUUCUUCUCCAUCUCCCCACAGGACUGCCAGUUCGCGCUGGGGAGCGGGGGCCAGAAGCCAGACCUGCAGAUGCUGGCCGUGGCCUCGGUGCUGCCCUUUGAUAACCAGGACGGCGGCGUGUGGAAGCAGGGCUUUGACAUUACCUACGAGCCCCACGAGUGGGACACGGAGCCCCUGCAGGUGUUUGUGGUGCCACACUCCCAUAACGAUCCAGGCUGGAUCAAGACCUUUGAGAAGUACUACGCAGACCAGACACAGCACAUCCUGAAUAGCAUGGUGCUGAAACUGCAGGAGGACCCGCGCCGCCGCUUCAUCUGGUCUGAGAUCUCCUUCUUCUCCAAGUGGUGGGACAACAUCAGCACCCAGAAACGGGCUGCGGUGCGCAGGCUGGUUGGCAAUGGGCAGCUGGAGAUGGUGACGGGCGGCUGGGUGAUGCCCGACGAGGCCAAUUCCCACUACUUCGCCAUGAUUGACCAGCUGAUCGAGGGGCACCAGUGGCUGGAGAAGAACAUCGGUGUGACCCCGCGGUCUGGCUGGGCUGUCGACCCCUUUGGGCACAGCGCCACCAUGCCCUAUCUGCUGAGACGCGCCAACCUGACCAGCAUGCUGAUCCAGAGGGUGCACUACGCCAUCAAGAAGCACUUCGCUGCUACUCACAACCUGGAGUUCAUGUGGAGACAGACCUGGGACCCCGACUCCAGCACUGAUAUCUUCUGCCACAUGAUGCCCUUCUACAGCUACGACGUGCCCCACACCUGCGGCCCUGACCCCAAGAUCUGCUGCCAGUUUGACUUCAAGCGCCUGCCUGGGGGCAGGAUCAACUGUCCAUGGAAGGUGCCCCCCCGAGCCAUCACUGAGGCCAACGUGGCCGAACGGGCACACCUCUUGCUGGACCAGUACCGCAAGAAGUCCAAGCUGUUCCGCAGCAAGGUGCUGCUGGUGCCUCUGGGAGACGACUUCCGCUACGACAAGCCCCAGGAGUGGGACGCCCAGUUCCUCAACUACCAGCGCCUCUUCGACUUCCUCAACGCCCACCCCAGCCUGCACGUGCAGCUCCUGGCAGUCCCAGAGUGGGGGGUUCUCCUUGGCACCGGGGGCCCCCACCUGGCUCAUGGGCAGCAUGGGGCCACGCUCUCCCUGCAGGCGCAGUUCGGGACCCUCUCCGAUUACUUUGAUGCUCUCUCCAAGAGGACCGGGAUCGUCCCUGGGAUGAAGCCACCCGGCUUCCCCGUGCUGAGCGGAGACUUCUUCUCCUAUGCAGACCGGGAGGACCACUACUGGACGGGCUACUACACCUCCCGGCCCUUCUACAAGAGCCUGGACCGCGUGCUGGAGGCCCAUCUCCGGGGAGCAGAGGUCCUGUAUAGCCUGGCACUGAGUCACGCCCGGCACGCUGGCCUGGACAGCAGAUACCCGCUCUCGGAUUACGCCCUGCUGACUGAGGCCCGGCGUGCCCUGGGGCUCUUCCAGCACCAUGACGCCAUCACGGGCACCGCCAAAGAGGCCGUCGUGGUGGAUUACGGUGUCAGGCUGCUCCACUCCCUGGUGAACCUGAAACGCGUCAUCGGCAACGCCGCGCACUACCUGGUGCUGGGCGACAAGGAGGCCUAUCGCUACGACCCCGCAGGGCCCUUCCUUGGCACGGACGACAUGCGCCUCAACCAGGACUCGCUGCCUGAGAAAACCGUCAUCAAGUUGGACACAUCGCCCAGGUUCGUGGUGCUGUUUAACCCGCUGGAGCAGGAGCGGCUCAGUGUCAUCUCACUGCUGGUGAGCUCCCCGCGCGUCCGUGUGCUCUCCGAGGAGGGGCAGCCCCUGGCCGUCCAGCUCAGCGCCCAGUGGAGCUCAGCCACGGACAUGGUGCCCGAUGUCUACCAGGUGUCCAUCAUGACCCGCCUGCCAGCACUGGGCCUCAGCGUCCUGCAGCUGUACAAGUCGUUCGACAGCCACACCACGCUCACGUCGUCUGUGCGUCUCCACCUGCACGGGCGUGACUUGCCAGUGCGCCCGCGUGAGGUCUUCCCCGUGCACGUGGUCCCCGCCACCUCCGACGACUUCUGCCUGGACAACCAGCACAUGCAGGCCUGCUUCUCGGGCCUCACCGGCCUGCUGCAGAGCGUCCGGUGGGCCGGGGAGGAGCACAAGCUGAGCAGUGAGUUCCUCAUCUAUGGCACCAGGAGCGCCAAGGACAAGAGUGGGGCGUACCUCUUCCUGCCGGACGGCGACGCCAAGCCCUAUGCCCCCAAGGAGCCGCCCGUGGUGCGGGUGACCGAGGGACCUUUCUUCUCGGAGGUGGCCAGCUACUACCAGCAUGUGCAGCAGGUGGUGCGGCUCUACAACGUGCCAGGGGUGGAGGGCCUGUCCCUGGAUGUGUCCUGCCUGGUGGACAUCCGCGACCACGUCAACAAGGAGAUGGCCCUGCGCCUUAGCACCAGCAUCGCCAGCGAGGACACCUUCUUCACCGAUCUCAACGGCUUCCAGAUCCAGCCUCGCAGGUUCCUGAAGAAGCUGCCUCUCCAGGCCAACUUCUACCCCAUGCCAGCCAUGGCCUACAUCCAGGACAAGCAGAGCCGCCUGACCCUGCACACGGCCCAGGCCCUGGGGGUGUCCAGCCUGCGCAGUGGCCAGCUGGAGGUGAUCCUGGACCGGCGCCUCAUGCAGGACGACAACCGUGGCCUCGGCCAGGGGCUGAAGGACAACAAGCGAACCUGCAACCGCUUCCGCCUCCUGCUGGAGCGCCGCACCACGGCCAACAAGGUGCAGGACAGUCGUCCAAUCAGCUUCCCCUCUCUGCUGAGUCACAUGACCUCCAUGCACCUGAACGCAGAGGUGCUGGCGAUGCCGGUUACUCAGGAGAAGCCAGCGCCCCCGGCCCUAAGGUCCUUCCAGCCCUUCUCAGGCACCGUCCCCUGUGACUUCCACAUCCUCAACCUGCGGACGCUGCAGGCAGAGGAUGACUCACUGCCCUCGGCGGAGAUGGCUCUGAUCCUGCACCGCAAGGGCUUCGACUGUGGCCUGGAGGCCAAGCACCUGGGCUUCAACUGCACCACCAGCCAGGGCAAGUUCUCCCUUGGGAGCCUGUUCCACGGCUUGGAGCUGGGGUUCCUGCAGCCCACCUCGCUGACACUGAUGUACCCGCUGGGCGCUGCCUCCCCCAACAGCACUGUGAUCCACAUGGACCCCAUGGAGAUCGCCACCUUCCGCAUCCACUUUGGGUAGCACCCCUGGCAGCCAGGAGAGGAGCAGCCCAGCCGUGCAGCGUCCGGAACGGCGCAAGGCUGGGAGAGCUGGGAGACCACCCCUGCCUGGGUGGGGCGGGGCAGGGAGCACCCCUCGGGCUGGGGCUGGGGGCGGACACUGCACAGGAUGCAGAUGGACUCGCAGGAGCAGCUGCCUCCAUUAUUUAUUAAUCUGCGUUUUAAAUAAUGUUUCAAAUGGCCAAGCCUGGGGGCUGGGGCACGUGUGGGUCCAGGCCGCUCCCAGUGCUCAGCCUGGCACUGCAGAUGCUGCAGCUGGAGAGCUCUGCGUUCUUGGUGGCGAUGCUGCCGGCUCGGCCAGGAGGCAGGUUGCAGCUUCUCUGAUGUGGCAGGAGUCUCUGCUGAUCCCCCAGGGAGGUACAAAGCCACCCUGUCCAUGUCCCAUCUCUCUUUCUGGUGGCAGGUCCCCAUUCCCCCGCCCCAUGUUGUGGGGUGGCUGGGCAGGUGCUGGAGCCUGCUGGGGUCUGGCUGGAAACCUGCCGCGGGGUGAGUGAGGGGGGUCCGGGCUGGGGAGGCUGAAGCUGCUGGCCGGGGGGCGGAGGGGGAGGGGGGACGGGACAGUGCGGCUCUAAUGGACACUCUAUGGAACUGGAGACUGUGAAUUUCCCUGAGUUUGUCGUCAGCUUUUAGGCAAGAAAAGGCCUGUUUGCACCUCCCGCCUUGUGUCUGGUUUGUGGCUCUUGUUGCUGGUUCCAGUGUGUGGGGAGAGCCCUGACCCGGGCCGGGGGCUAAGAUCCCGGGGCCAGAGGUGCUGGUUCUGGGCCUGCAGGAGGCAGGGGCUCCAAGGGCCUCUGCCCCCUUCCCUUCAGCUGAUGGGACGCCCACCCCCCUUCCAUUUCCUGCUCUGGGGGGUUCUCUUGCGGCUUCUAUUGACUGAGCCCACAAUGUCAGGGAAGGAGGCUUCUCCAGCCCUCCCUGAGAGCCUGCAGCCCCACCCAGCAGGGGGUGCUAAGGAGCGAGUGCCCCUCCACCCAGCUGAGUCCCCUGCUGCCCCCGCCCAGCCGGGGGCAGUAAGGACUGAGUGGCUCCCCUCACUGUUCCUGGCUGUUACGAGCAGUGAGGGAAGGUGGGAAAGUGGAGGGUGUAACAAUGCUGGUCCUGGCGUGAGAGUGUCAAUUCAGGACAAAUUGCUUCAAGCAGGGCAAUUACAGCCCAAGGCUGGGGU